AUAUUGUUAAUCAAAAUUAUUUUCUAUCGUCUACUCAGAGAUUGUGAAUGAAAUUUAUACUGCGGAAAAGCUAAUGUUCAAUGGCGAAAACAGGGUAUAUUUUGGAAAAUAAAAUUGAAAUCAAAAGCUUUUCAUAUGUGACAGAAUAGAAAGUUUGUACAAAAGUACAAUCACAAUGUUGUAAGUCAGGCAGAGAUUGUGAAUUGCCACAUAUUUCAUUUUGCAAAACUUUAUCGUUCAUAAAUAAAAUUGACAUUCAAAAUGAAUGAUUUCGUUUUGUAAACUUCGUUUUGUAACAUAUUUUUAUAUUAAGGUUUUCUUCAUCAACCAAUUUGAAAUGUAUAAAGCUGCGAGAAAAAUAGUGUUAGCGGCAGGAUUAUUGGUAAUAUCAAUAUAUUCUAUUUAUAAUGUUUGUUUUAUCAACCGACUUCCUGCAGAACGAUAUGAAGAAAUUAAAAACUCGAAAAACUUCAAAAAAUUGAAACAAGGGGACACAGCGAGUGAUUUAGAAAAACGCAGGAAGAUGUGGAAAAAGAUAGUAGAACCUACUGAAUCAGAGAAACAUAGAUUGCCGGAUGUCAUUGGAAUAGGCGUGAGAAAAUGUGGCACAGGACCAUUGCUGCAUUUCUUGAGAAUGCAUCCACUCAUACGAAUCGGAAAAGGAGAAAUGCACUACUAUGAUACUGCAGACGUUGAAAAGGGUAUCGAGUUUUAUAAGAAUGCACUGCCGACAGCCAGCGACAAUCAAUUGAUAAUGGAGAAGACUCCAGCUUACUUCACUACUCUACCAGAUAAUCUACCGGAUAUUAUUAAACGAGACUCCCCGCACGUGAAAUUAAUACUGUUAUUGUGCAAUCCGGUUAAUCGGGCAUUCUCAGAUUAUGCACAACGAAGAACAAGACGGGACAACAAAACUGGUAACAGUACAUUUAAAGAGUACUUUGACAAGUAUUUCUAUCCGGUCCAAAAGCAAUUUUCAACCUUAUCUAUGGAAGACGAUGACGCCGCUGUGACUGACGUCAUAAAAACUCUUCGGAAAGACAAGCCAAAAUUCAGCUUUGCAUAUGGUAUUUACGCCUAUUUUAUAAGGCGAUGGUUGAAAGUGUUUCCUCCAGAAAACUUCUUAAUAUUGAACGGCGAAGACUUUUUAACUGAUCCUGGAAGUGUAUUAGAGAAAGUUCAAGAAUAUUUGAACGUCCCAAAGGUAUUUUUAAAGAAUGAUUUCAUAAAGCAUCCAAAGACUGGUCUCUUUUGCCUGCGGCCAUGGUGGAAUGAAACCUACAACUUUCGUUCCGAACUUAUACCUCAUAGUUCUUGGGAAAAUCAACUCUACUGUGCAGAGAAUACAAAGGGUCGAACACGAUCUAUCAUCAAAAAAUAUGAUUUUGAUGUUGGUAGUUUUGAAAAGCUUAAAAAAUUUUAUGACCCAUAUAACAGAUAUUUGUAUAAUAUUCUAGGAAAGACAUUUGAUUGGUAGAAUUUUUCAUAGCAUUGUUACCUGUAUUGGCUGGGCAAUUGUCUCUUAUUUCAUUUAUUGUAUUCGUGGUACCCGAUCAAUGAAUAUCCCUAGAUUAUGAAUGCCACAAAUUAAACGGCCAUUACUAUGUAUUACAUCAAGGAAACUUUAAUA